AUGCUGCUGCACCUGGGCCUCGUCCUGCUCGUGCUGGCCGUGGGCAGCCGGUGUGAGGACACGGUGGCGGCCACCGUGGGCCGUCACACUAUGGGCCGCAUCGCCGAGCUGCUGGCCGACUCCGAGUGCCACCAGCUGCAGGUGGAGCUGAACAGCCCCGAUGAGGAACUGGGCAUCCCGGAGCCGGAGCAUUUCUCCGAGGAGAAUCGCCCCAUCCGCCGCCGCCGGGGCAGCCGCAGCCCCGGGGGAUGCUCCGAAGCCCUGCGGCACUGGCUGGUGACGGCGGGAGAGGUGACCACCUGGGACCGCCUGGUCCGUGGCCUGCACCAAAUCGGGCGCUCCGACGUCGCCCGGGAGCUGGGGAAAAACCUGAACCAAGACCGGAGCCUGCAGCUGCGGAGGAACGUGGAGGGCUACAGCCGGAGCGUGCAGCACCUCAGCUCCGUGCAGCUGCAGCCUGGCGGGGCGCGGGCCAGGAGGGCUCCCCGCAAUGGGCACCUGCUCUUCGAGCGGCACCGGCCCCCCCAGUACGGCCGCGGCCUCCUGGGCUGGGUCCGCCCCGUGGUCCUGGGCGUCCUGGGAGCCUUCCUCAGCUCCACGCUCCUCACGGCGACCGCGAUGUACUUCUGCCACUGGAGGAGGCUCCUGGGCGCCUGA